CGCUGUGGCUAAUUAGUGUCCGAAACAGUCGCUUCCUCGCACCAUUAAAACAUGUCCGCCAACAACAUGCGUCUCCUCUGCCUGCUCCUGGCCUGCUACAUCUCCGCCAUUGUGGCCCACAGGCCCAGCUACCGCUCCUCCGGCUCCGAUCGCUACGUGGAUGUGGUCCGCGCAUCCGAAACGGCCGAAGCCCAGGCCGCUGCCCUAACCAAUGCCGCUGGUGCUGCCGCCUCUGCCGCGAAAUUGGACGGUGCCGAUUGGUAUGCCCUCAACCGUUAUGGCUGGGAGCAGGGCAGGCCUCUGCUGGCCAAGCCUUAUGGUCCCCUGGACAAUCUCUAUGCCGCUGCCCUGCCACCACGCUCCUUCGUGGCUGAAAUCGAUCCAGUUUUCAAGAAGAGCCCCUAUGGUGGAGCUUAUGGCGGUAAGAGCGUGACGCUCAACACUGGCGCCAAGGUGGCUGUCGCAGCACUGAACUGAAGAUCAUAUUCCAUGCAAAUAGAUCGAAAGUGUUAAUAAAUAGUGAUAGCAUAAAA